CAAAAAUAUCAGCCCACUGCCUCAUCUGCCUACUGGUAUUCCUUUAUUAUUCAUACAGACACAGACCCAGGGAACGGACAGUCCUGUCCCAUUGUGCAACAGCAACCCUGUAAUGGAAGGUGCAAACAAAGUACAGAUUAAUCCAGAUCAUGGCGUCGGCAGAAAUGACUCUGAUUUUGGGGGCUUAUGUAGUCAGCUGGCCCAUCAGGGAUCAGUCGUGCCCUUCACAACGCCAUCCCUCAGUCGGAGGCCUCUCUCGGCUUAGCCCGCUGGGAGACCAAUCGAAUCCAGGGACUCAGUGACCAAAACUUGAGGACAGAAAAAACAAAAGUGCUGCCUGCAAAUCCCCUGGUAGGAUAUUCACACAGUUGAAGCUGAUGGUGAGUAGUGGAGCAAUUUGGUGAAGAGCUACAGUAGUAGAGCACUGUCCAGUCCAGCUCUCUCCUGCAGUGGACUACCAGAAGAAACACUGUCACCAUGGCCACCGAGGGGAUGUCUAGAGAGGAGGCAGAGGAGUACCAGAAACAGCUGGUGGAGGAAAAGAUGGAGAGAGAUUCAGAGUUCUUGGUAAAGAAGGCUGAGAGGGCCACACUGAGAACGUGCUUAAGAGACAAAUACAGACUACCAAAGAGUGAACAGGAUGCAAACCUGUUGGAGUUGGCAGGAGAUGACAUCGACGUGCCUGAAGAACUACUCAAGAUGGUGGACGAGGAUGCCACAGAGGAGGAGGAGAAGGACUCUAUCCUGGGCCAGAUACAGAACCUACAGAACAUGGACAUGGACCAGAUCAAGGAGAAAGCCUCAGCAACCAUGGUUGAGAUGAAAUCUAAAGCAGAGGAGAAGUGCUGUGUCAUGUGAUGAGAGAAAACAUUGGUUCAGUUGAUUUGAGAUUAGUUCCUAAGCACCAAGUUUGACCAAGGAUAUGACUUCCAAGGUUGAAAUAUACCAGCAUUCAAGUAUUCUAAUCUAGACUGUGGACUUGGACUGAUCCGACACACGUAUAGUAGGCCUUCUACACAAAGUCUAAAUGUAACCAGUCUUAGGUUGGCUAAUCUGCCAAUAGAGGGUUGUAGAGAUUACUCUUAAUCUGUCUUUCUCAGAAAGCUGUGGGGAGGAGGUCAGGAAAAACAUCACAGGGAUGGGAGGGAGUAAGACUAUUUUCGUUAUUGUGGUUAAAAAGGUUUUCUGUUCUUUUUAUAUACAGUAAACCUCAUGUCUUCUUUGCAAGAAGGUACAAUUUAGAAGAGAAAAAACAAUGGUAUCUUGGUUAUAAAUGCUCUGAAUUGCUUCAUGUUAAAAAAGAUUUCCCUC